CCUCCUGUCAGCCCCUCACCUCACUGCAUGCAGGAGGCCUGGCUUUCUGGCAGGAGAGAGCGCUUGACACUGGUCUCUUCACCAGCCCAGUCAGUUGACAGAACACUGCAAAUGUGACAUGUGGAGGAACCAAGCAGGAAUGUGGAUGCCUUUGAACAACUCGGAUAAUCCAAGCCUGUAAUUCCCCGGAGGACUACCUCAAAGUUCUUUCCUUGUUUUCUGUGGAGAGUCAGCCAACCGCUCGUAUUUGUACUUUCUUGUCGUUGUAAUUAAAUCUACAGCCACAGGAGACCUGAUGAUGGAGUAUGGAUUUUAAGUGUUGUAAUUUGUGCUCUGUGGAUCCUUGGAUAGCAACAUAUGGAUUUAUCCCAGAUGUCACAGAUUAUUGAAAGGACUCUCACUGAGUAGAAAGAACAGUCAUAGUAGAAAUUAAAGCUAAAAAAUAACUAGCCUUUCCUGAGAGCUCUGCAUGCCAGAGCACAUGAGUUCAUUGCUCAAGGGGAAAAACAGAUUACAAAUUAAAACCACAAAAUGGGCUCCAGUGUUCCAAACCCCACCCAUGGCUGCAUCAGAAUGUGUACCUUUCAGUGAACAGCUGCUUGGCACAGGCCCUGGCAUCAUUCAGCUGCCGAGAUGAGCAACGAAAGAGUCACCUAUGCAGAACUGAAUGUGUCGAAGCAUUCAAGGAACCAGAAAAGGCAACCAAGGGGCACCCGCAGCUCCAUCUCAGUAACUGAGCAGGAAAUCACCUAUGUGGAAUUGGGCUUUCAAAAUACUUCUCCAGAGCAUCCCUCAGUCUGCAGGGACUGCUGCUGCAAAGGUUUUCCAUCUCCUCCGGAAAAACCCAUCACUGUGAUCCUGGGCAUGGUCGGUUUUGCCUUAAUGGUCGCUGUGGUUUUAAUUAUUACAGUUGCCAAACCCUAUACUGAACCAAAGGAGCAGAUCCAAUCUUCCCUGAACAAAAGUCCAAAAGAUAAUAAUCAUUCUUCAGCACAGCCUUGUAGUUCUUGUCCAAAGGAGUGGAUGUCGUAUUCCCACAGUUGUUAUUACAUUAGUGGGGAGAAAAAAAAUUGGACUGACAGUUUGGUGUCCUGCAACGCCAAAAACUCUAGUCUGCUUUACAUAGAUAGUCGAGAGGAGCAGGUAAGAGUUGCCGUGUGUCAAUCAUUGCUUAACCUUUUUUCCUGUCGGUAUGAUGUGUGUGGAGUAGAUUCAAAUUCCUACACAUGUUUCAUGUAUUUACAACUCUUUAUACCAUUUCAUUGCUUUAUUUUAGAACAUUUUAUCUAUAUUUGUAUACUGAUAGUGAAUACUUAUUUCCAGAUAGUUCUUAUUUGAUGAAAACCAUUCUUGUAUAAGUGCAUUUACUCUGAAAUUAACUUUGCCAUUUAAUUUUACCAUACACAAAAGUACCUAUAUGUGUACGAGAGAUAAUAUU